GUCAGUUCUUCGAGACGUCUCUUUGCCGCCUCGAGUAAUUCUUCUUUCUCAUGUAAUGACUUUUGGGCACCGUCAGCCGCCGAUCUUGAAUUCGCUGCGUUUCCCUUCGCCGUUUGCAUCGCGCGUUCGGCAGUUGGAAAAGGACAUUGCCGUGGUUGGCUCUUUUAAACGUCUACAAUCCCUUCCGUGGCAAUAGACUAAGCUGCUGGUCCAGUGAGGACUAUAAGAGCUCCGAUGACUGGGAAAGUAAUAUCAGUUGUUGGCUCUUUCUUCGAGCAAGGACAGCUCCAAUUCUCGUCAACGUUCGAUCAUUUCGAUCAUUGAAUAACCACCAAAUAUAGAAAAAAGAGAAAAAGAAAAUGAAGAUCCUCGCAUUGGUAUUAGCAUUGGCAUGUGCGGUCCAAUGUGGUAAGACAAAAAAGCAAGUACAUGAGCGAGAAGCGGGUAGUUACGAAUAUGGUUACGGAGGUCAUCCGGAAUCAGUGUUAUUAGAUCCUCACCUUUUGCAAGUAGAUUCAGUGGCUGUGCCCAGUGGUACUCACUUAUCAGAACACCGUCCAUCUCGGCCAGGUUAUAGUGUGGGUGGUCCUUUGGCAAGUAUUGCUCAAGGAGCGGCUGAACAGGCUCACACGCAAUUAGGAAAUCAACAUUCAGCAGCUGGACAGGCAGCUUUCAUGGCCAAGAACACAUUGGCUCAGGCAGCAGCACAGUCAGCUGCAACAGCAGCAGCAGCUUUAGCAGGUAAACAAAUCAUCGUGAUGGGUCUUGAACAACAAUCGAGAGAUGCUCACGUUGCCGUCGAUGGUGAAAAACUUCAAUUGCAACAAGCACAACGUGCUGCUACAGCUGCUCAAAAUACUGCUCAACAAGCGAUGCAUCAGGUUCAAGUAAUCACUGCAGCCUUGAACGCCGCUCAGGCUACUGCUGAUCACGCCAGUCAAGCUGCAGCCGAAGCUCAAGCUGAAUUAGCCGCUCAAACCACUAUGGUUGGCCAGGCAAAGGCCCGUGCCGAAACAAUCGAGGAACAACUCAAUGCAGCUCGUGUCGAUUUCGAAGCAACCCAAGCCGCCGCUCAAAAAGCUGCAAACGCUGCAUCCGCAGCCCAAUCGAAUGCCGCUGCUGCAGCAGCUCAUGCCGCAAAUGCUGCUGCUGCUAACGUUGCAGCUGCCACAGCUAGCAGUCAUCCCAGCGGUGCUCAUGGUGGUAGCCUCGUUGCUCACUUAGGCGAACCCCUUACGAACGCUGUACCCGUUGAUGCGUAUGAUUACAAAUCUGGGAUUUAUCAUUAUUGAUGAUUCUUUUCAAUUUUAGUUCGUCGACCU